GUUUUGUGUGUACAUAGCAAGUGUCAACACCGACUGCUACACGCAUUUUUUUAUAUUAAAAAUGAUGAAAACACAAAAUGUCAAAUGACUAAAAUAUACGCAUCUACGCUCGAAGCACCGUGUCAGAGGCAUGUUUUGACCCACGACCAUUGUUAUAUAAAUGCGCAAUGGAUGAUACGUUGGACAGAUAGAAUGCGCUGGUAACGUGAGGCGCAGAAACGGCUGUAUUGGAGAUUGUGCUUUAUUCAAAGAUGGCUUCAAAAUGCUUGACGCUGGUUUACGUGGGCAUCGUUAUGACGUCAUUGCUUGUCCAUACGUCACAGGGCGCUGUUGUAAAUUGCCUGGUUGGACUGAUGGUGUGCUCGAAAAAAGCGCGGUCUGCAGGGGAAAACUACGAGACCUUUGGUUGCUGUGAAGGUUACCUCGACUGCUUGAAGGCGUGUGGCAUCGACGACGUUCCUUGUGGGCAGAUAGAGGUCACAGACUUCGUCAAUAUCAACGACUCUACCGAAGAAGACAUGGACAAACGCGGGAGUUGGAAUAAACGCGGAAGUUGGAACAAGCGCGGAAGUUGGAAUAAACGCGGUAGCUGGGAUAAAAGAGGCAGUUGGGACAAAAGAGGAAGCUGGGACAAAAGGGGCAGCUGGGAUAAGCGAGGAAGCUGGAAUAAGCGAUUUGGGCUCCAGGACUUGGAAAAUGACUACCCGAUGGUGAAUUCAGAAUCUGAGUUCGAUAUACAAUAAUAAUAACAAUAUGGGUUGAUUUUCAACUUAAGUACCACGCUAUAUUGUAAAAUAUUUCAAUAAAUGGAAGCUGAAAAAUGACUUUUAUUUAAAAAAAAACAUAACCGCAUAUAAACUCGAAUAAGGUACCGUUUUGAGUCGUCUUAUUACAUUUAUUGCAAAUCUCAGGAGAGAUUAUUAUACACCAACGCGUACAAUCUUAUUAGAAAAAGGUGGGAUAAGAACAUAAUCUCAAUACAUUAUAGUUCAUACAUUAUAACAUGCAAUGUUAUAGCUUCCAAACAUUAAAAAAAGUGAACGACAGACAAAUGCACGUGUUGUU